CGCGUGUCUCUCUUGCGGCCAAGUCGCACGAGCGCCCGUGUUUGCCCGCCAACGUGAGUUUGGCUUUAGAAAUUAACUGAAAAAAAUGGGCGACAGGUUCCUGGUAGUCCCCGUUGAAUGCGCGGGUUCGGUUUCCGGACAAGUGGGGCUCUCAGGUACUGUCGCUGGCCCGGUACCGGACCCCGGCGGCGCGAGCAGCGGCAGCCCCGGCGGAAUUUGGGACAGAAAUGAGCCUUUUGAGGACUCGGUGUUCGAACCUGCGGACGCCGGCGCUGUGCUGCACAUCCUGGACUACAACAGAGAGCCCAACAAGUACGGUGAUGGCGUCCCAAAGGAAAACAGCCCCUUCAUCAACAGCACAGACCAUGACAAGAACAACAGCUACGAUGGCACCAACAUGGCUCUCUUUGAGGAAGAGAUGGACAGCAAUCCCAUGGUGGCAUCACUUCUUAAUAAACUGGCAAACUACACCAACCUCUCCCAGGGAGCCCAGGAGCACGAGGAGGCUGAUGAAGAUGAAGGGCCAAAGAAGAAAGCUGUUAAGAGCCCUCAGAUGGGGACCUUCAUGGGUGUCUACCUGCCUUGCCUCCAGAACAUUCUGGGAGUGAUCCUGUUUCUGCGCCUUACCUGGAUCGUCGGUACCGCUGGGAUUUUAGAGUCUCUGGUCAUUGUGGGCUUGUGCUGUUCAUGUACGAUGCUGACAGCCAUAUCCAUGAGUGCAAUAGCUACAAACGGGGUCGUUCCAGCUGGAGGCUCGUACUACAUGAUUUCCAGGUCUCUGGGUCCAGAGUUUGGAGGCGCUGUGGGUCUCUGCUUCUUCCUGGGUACAACCUUUGCUGGUUCCAUGUACAUCUUAGGUACCAUUGAGAUUCUACUGACCUACAUUGUGCCUGCAGCAGCCAUCUUCAAGGCAGAGAAGAAGGAGGACGAGGCAGGCGCUCUGCUGAACAACAUGCGCGUCUACGGCACCUGCUGUCUCACUCUGAUGGCGGUGGUCGUCUUUGUUGGGGUCAAAUAUGUCAACAAGUUGGCCCUGGUCUUUCUGGCUUGUGUCAUUCUGUCCAUCAUUGCCAUCUACGCCGGAGUCAUCAAAACAAUCUUUGAGCCGCCAGAUUUUCCCGUUUGCAUGCUGGGCAAUCGCACUCUGAAGAACAAUGAUUUUGACAAGUGUCUAAAGACGGACAUCAUAGACAACCUGACGGUCACCACGGCGCUGUGGAAGCUGUUCUGUGACAGUCCUGAGCUCAACGCCACCUGCAAUGAGUAUUUUAGCAACAACAACGUGACGCUGAUGCAGGGCAUCCCCGGACUGACCAGCGGCGUCAUCUCAGAAAACAUGUGGUCCGAGUACGGCCCGCAAGGCAUGCUGGUAGAAAACAGGAGGGUCCCAUCUUUUGGGGGAAGUGACCCCAGCCAGGACAUCUACAUGCCUUACGUUGUCAACGACAUCACCAGUUUCUUCACACUGCUUGUCGGGAUCUACUUCCCCUCUGUCACUGGAAUCAUGGCCGGUUCUAACCGCUCAGGUGACUUGAGGGAUGCACAGAGGUCCAUCCCCAUCGGUACCAUCCUGGCUAUCACCACCACCUCCAUCAUUUACGUAUCCUGUGUGAUCCUGUUUGGUGCCUGCAUUGAGGGAGUGCUGCUUCGAGACAAGUUUGGUGACUCUGUGAAGGGGAACCUGGUCAUAGGCACGCUCUCCUGGCCCUCCCCCUGGGUUAUUGUGAUCGGCUCCUUUUUCUCCUGCUGCGGGGCGGGUCUGCAGAGUCUGACAGGUGCCCCCCGCCUGCUUCAGGCUAUUGCCCGAGAUGGCAUUGUGCCUUUCUUACAGGUGUUUGGUCACGGGAAAGCUAACGGAGAACCCACCUGGGCUCUGUUGCUGACCGCCGCCAUUUGUGAGAUCGGCAUCCUCAUCGCCUCGCUGGACUCAGUCGCUCCCAUCCUGUCCAUGUUUUUUCUCAUGUGCUACCUCUUCGUCAACUUGGCCUGUGCGGUCCAAACUCUGCUAAGAACGCCAAACUGGAGGCCCCGUUUUAAGUACUACCACUGGACUCUGUCUUUCUUGGGAAUGAGCUUGUGUCUUGCGCUAAUGUUCAUCUCUUCCUGGUAUUAUGCCAUCAUCGCUAUGGUGAUCGCUGGUUGCAUCUACAAAUACAUAGAGUACAGAGGGGCAGAGAAGGAGUGGGGAGAUGGUAUCCGGGGUCUCUCACUUAACGCUGCUCGCUACGCCCUCAUUCGGCUGGAGGAGUCUCCUCCUCACACAAAGAACUGGAGACCUCAGAUGCUGGUGCUCCUGAACCUGGACUCGGAUCAAGCGGUCAAACACCCCCGGCUGCUGUCCCUCACCACGCAGCUGAAGGCGGGGAAAGGCCUGACCAUCGUGGGAUACGUUUUAGAGGGAACGUACCUCACUAAAGAGACGGAGGCCAAGAAGGCCGAGCAGAACAUCAAGUCCUCCAUGUCUGCUGAGCGCACCAAAGGUUUCUGCCACGUGGUGGUUUCCUCCAACCUCAGAGAUGGCGUCUCCCACCUCAUCCAGUCCGCAGGUUUGGGGGGCAUGAAGCACAACACGGUCCUGAUGGCCUGGCCUGGAACCUGGAAGCAAUCCAACGACCCGCAGUCCUGGAGGAACUUCAUAGAGACCAUAAGGGAGACCACCGCUGCCCACCUGGCUCUGCUCGUAGCAAAGAACGUGGACAGUUUUCCAACAAACCAGGAACGGCUGGGGGAGGGCACUAUCGAUGUGUGGUGGGUGGUCCAUGAUGGGGGCAUGUUGAUGCUGCUGCCCUUCCUGCUGCGGCAGCACAAGGUUUGGAGGAAGUGCAAGAUGCGCAUCUUCACCGUAGCACAGAUGGACGACAACAGCAUCCAGAUGAAGAAAGAUCUCCAGAUGUUCCUCUAUCACCUGAGACUCAAUGCUGAGGUGGAAGUGGUGGAGAUGCACGACAACGACAUCUCAGCCUUCACCUACGAGAAGACGCUGGUGAUGGAGCAGAGGUCUCAGAUGCUAAAGCAGAUGCAUCUCUCCAGGACUGAGAGAGAAAGAGAGAUUCAGAGUAUCACUGACGAGUCGCGUAGCUCCAUUCGGAGGAAGAACCAGGACGCCACCGAGGGCUCCAGCCUCAGCCGCCAGUCCUCCACGGCAGAGGACACACAGGAAGACGAGGCCCAGCUCAUCCACGACAGGAACAUGGCCUCCCACGCCGCAGCGAACGACAAAGCCGAGGCCGGGCCCGAGCGCGUGCACAUGACCUGGACCAAAGACAAACUCUUCACUGAGCGAAACCGUAAUCGAGAGUGCAACGCCAACGUGGCCGUUCGCGACCUUUUCAACAUGAAGCCAGAGUGGGAGAGUCUGAACCAGUCGAAUGUCCGCCGCAUGCAUACAGCGGUGAAGCUCAACGAGGUGGUCGUCAACAAAUCCCAGGGGGCUCAUCUGGUCCUGCUCAACAUGCCCGGCCCCCCAAAGAACAGGGGAGGAGACGAAAAUUACAUGGAGUUCCUGGAGGUCCUCCUGGAAGGCCUCAACCGCGUGCUGCUGGUGCGAGGGGGCGGCCGAGAGGUCAUCACCAUCUACUCUUAAAACCAAGAAGAAACUCGUGCCCCACCCUGCACACAGGCAUGUUGCCAUGGAAACUGUUCACCGGACAUUCCAGAGGCCCAAAUUGUUUGAUUCUUUGUUUUUACUGCGCCGGAAAAGGGGCUGAUGGUUGGGAAGGUGGGACCUCUCGUGUCUGGCGGACGGCGUGGAAAAACAUCCGGGUGUCUAUGCCGGGCCAUAGAACCCUCCACAGGGAACAUAGAGCAUAGAGACACUUUAUUUAUUUCUUUCUUUGAACCCCUUCUGUCCUGUUCCGUCAUCGUUCUCCCCCCCCUCGUGUGUUGCUGUGGUGGCUGUCUGAGCAGCCCCGACCUGGACGUGGGUUGUGGGCGGGGACUCUGUUCUUGUGUGGUGCGAUGGGCUCUGCACCUGAGAUGAGUUUAAGGGGUGGCGCUGCAAACGGAGCCUUAGGAUGGCGGUUUUCUGUGAAUGAAGCUGAUUUAGAGGUGGCUUCAUGACGGAGGCGUAAGGUGUGUGCAGAGGGGCGGGCUCACAGUCUGAGACGGCCCACUUUCCCAGUUGUCUCCCACUGUUUUUAAAAAAAGAAGGACAAAAGCCACAAAGGAGCUUGUGUGUGUGUGUGUGUGUGUGUGUGUGUGUGUGUGUGUGUGUGUGUGUGUGUUGAUGCCGUCAGGACGAGUGCUCGUUCAGGAACAAAUGCAUUUAUGUUCCCUUUUUAUGUUUUGAAUCUUAUAGCUGUUUAACAGCAGGCGUAUCAGCCGGAGGGUUUGCACAUACAAAAUCCGAUUUCCCCUCUGAACCGCUGGCAUUUAACCAAAUGUAACAGAGAAUUGUAGAGUAACAGGAUGUGAAUUGUUCCCGUACUGCUGUUGUCACGGUUCACUUUGCACAAAGGCUCUCCUGCACUUAACCGUUGGUCCGUUUGGUUAACCGAACCACUUUCUGACAGUUUCAGCGCAAAUUCUAGUAUUUUUAUGCCUCGUGUUGAUUUAUGAUAUUAAAGGUCAAAAAUGUUAGACUCUUAAGUCCCAGACUACACAAUCAUAGGAGGAAAAAGUGCCAAAGUUAGUACAAAAAGAAACUGUGGACGUAUCAUUUAGCUCAUUUUAGGUAAAUAUCUGAACAGAGUUUCUCGUUUUCAAUCUAACCAAAAAGUUCCACAGUUUGAAGGGCAUUUGAACUCGCCCAGCGGGGAUUGAGAUCCCGCCUCCACAGUUUCUUUUUCUCCUUUAGCCGAGCAGUAUUCUGUAAAGCAAGUCGCCGUGUUUUUCCUUUUUGUUGUUGUUGUUGUUUUGUUUUUCUGCGCUGGAAAAGGCGAGGCGUGGUUUGUGAAAACGGUGUACGUUGUGUUCUCUUCUCCGUGUGACUGUAGUUCUCUCUGUUGUGUUCACUGCUUUGUUUUUGAUCCUCUGUUACCUUCAAUGUUUGUUUGGCAGGAGAGGAAGAUGCCGGAGUUACUUUGUGAAGAUUAGUCGUUUAAGACUGAAAGAACACAAGAACACACAGAGUGAUAUGAAGGGAGGAAUUCUGAUGCUACAUGAAGUUCAUUGUUUAGUUGACCUUUUUUUUUAGAAACCAAAGAGAAAACACCAGAAAACCCAGAUUGUUUCACUCUAAGAAAACUGUAUAAAUAAGUUAUUAAAGAUGGAUGUCUGUUGUUUUUAAGUGUGGUUUCUCCGUUUGACAAACACACAAAAAUAAGAUCGGAAAUGGAAUUUGAGGUGACUGGAGAGAACCCAGCUGGAGAGGAGGGGCUCCAACCACACAGCGGUGAUGAAGACGUGGACCAUGGGAGGAGCUGAGCUGUCGGAGGACCAGCGGAAGGGAUGUGUGUGUGUGUGUGUGUGUCAUCUUUGUGUUUCUGCUGUCAUCUGGCUCUUCCAGGAAGUCACCCACGCUAAGAAGGUAGCGCGCUUACAGCUUCUGUGCCUCGCCGAAUAAAUAUUAAAAAUGUUGAAAGAAA